AUGGGCAUGCGACGGGGAUGUUUCGCUCUUGCAUGCUUCCUGUACCCGGCUCUCGCGCAGCUGAUCGCCAAAGAGGACCCAGAGUGCCACGCCGACAUCUCGGACUCGCGCCUCGUGCAGAUCUCCUUCCAUGAUGGCGAGUCCACGCUGGAGGCCCGCAUCGGUGGGUGGCUUCAUGGACAUUCCAGGCAGCAGCGCCUGGAGCAUGUGGGACCCCCCCCGCCCGCGCAGCCAAGGGGGGUGGACCACGCGGGGUCUGAGUUCACGCAGUGUGGCCAGACCUGGCAAGUGUACGAGCAGGUGGUUUGGACCAGAUUCGUGGGCCUUACGCAUCAUGUUGCGUGCGCCUCCGUGAACGACGACUCGACCAUCGGCAUCUGCCGCAGCGACAACGUUGGGCACGACCACUGGGAAUACUGCGCCUCGGCGCCCCCCAACCAGUGCGACGGCAUGGGCAAACUCUGGUUCGUGUUCUGCACGGACAUCGAUCGGGCGGGCCCCUCGCCCACGCCGGCGCCCACCACGCCCGCGCCCACCUCUGAGGCUCCGGAUGGCGGCGCGCCGCCAGACGAUCUGUUUCUGCCAUCUUCUGUUGCACCCACGUCAGCGCCAACGACUGCACCUUCGCCGUCGCCUACCGUGCUGGUUAUCGAGGGCGCUUAUAGCGAGUCGCCGCCGCCCUCAGUUUUUUGA